AUGUCAUCGAAUAGACCUGGAGGUGUGUUUUCCGGCUUGCGCAUGGGUGAAGUUGUGCGUGAGAAAGUCCAAGAUGGACUGACAGGCGAAACGAAAGAGAUCCAGUACACGCAAUGCAAGAUUGUCGGAAAUGGAUCAUUUGGCGUGGUGUUCCAGACGAAACUCUCGCCCAGCGGUGAAGAUGCUGCGAUCAAACGUGUCCUGCAGGACAAGCGCUUCAAGAAUCGAGAGUUGCAGAUCAUGCGCAUAGUCCGCCAUCCUAACAUCGUCGAGUUGAAGGCCUUCUACUAUUCGAAUGGCGAACGAGCCCAAAAAGACGAAGUAUACCUGAAUCUGGUGCUCGAAUACGUUCCCGAAACAGUCUACCGCGCCUCGCGAUACUUCAACAAGAUGAAGACCACCAUGCCGAUUCUCGAAGUCAAGCUCUACAUCUACCAGCUUUUCCGCUCACUCGCCUAUAUCCACUCACAAGGCAUCUGUCAUCGGGACAUCAAGCCUCAAAAUCUCCUUCUGGACCCGGCAACCGGCGUGCUGAAGCUCUGUGAUUUCGGAAGCGCAAAGAUCCUGGUCGAGAACGAGCCAAAUGUGUCGUACAUCUGUUCACGCUACUAUCGCGCCCCCGAGCUGAUCUUCGGAGCCACGAACUACACCACCAAAAUUGAUGUGUGGUCGACCGGUUGUGUCAUGGCUGAGCUCAUGUUAGGCCAACCUCUUUUCCCGGGCGAGUCAGGAAUCGAUCAACUGGUAGAGAUAAUCAAGGUCCUUGGCACGCCGACGCGAGAUCAGAUCCGCACCAUGAACCCGAAUUACAUGGAGCACAAAUUCCCUCAGAUCAAGCCGCACCCCUUCAACAAAGUGUUCAGGAAGGCCUCGACUGACGCCAUCGAGCUCAUCUCGGCGCUCCUCGAAUACACGCCAACAGAGAGAUUGUCGGCAAUCGACGCAAUGUGCCAGCCUUUCUUCGACGAGCUGAGAGAUCCCAGCACGAGACUGCCGGACUCGCGCCAGGUCGGAGGAUCUGCGCGGGAACUGCCAGCAUUGUUUGACUUCUCGCGACACGAACUGUCAAUUGCACCACAGCUGAACAGCAAAUUAAUUCCUGCGCAUGCCCGGAGUCGAUUGGUGGCCCAAGGACUUGAUCCGGACAACUUCACGCCUAUGACUAAAGAUGAGAUGAUGGCUCGGCUUGACUGA